GUUGAGAAAAUAGGUUCAGGUGGUUUCGGUCAGGUUUACAAAGCCAGAUGGAAGCAAGUUAGUGUUGCUAUUAAAAGUGUAGAUUACAAUGAAGAUGAUGAGAUAGAACAGGAGGAAGAUACAUUUGAAAGAGAAGUUCUUUUACUCAACAGUUUGAAACAUCCAAAUGUUAUACAAUUCUUUGGUGUUUGUAUCACAGAUCGAAGAAAGUUAAUGGUUAUGGAAUAUCUUGGAGGUGGUUCAUUGGAUAAGUUAAUUAGUGAACUUCGAUUGAAAAGAAAAAUGAUCAAACUAAUUGAUAAGAUUCGUAUUUUAUUUGGAGUUUCUAACGGUUUGAGUUAUUUACAUAACUUGAAACCGAAAAUGAUUAUUCAUAGAGAUUUAAAAAGUGCUAACAUUUUAUUAGAUGAGAAUAUGCAACCCAAGGUUUGUGAUUUUGGAUUGUCUAAAUUGAUU